AUGGAGCGGAAAUCCUUUACACCAAUCGUUUGCAUAGUUCCCGAAACUGUCGAUUUUGCAACAGGACCUGCUGACGGCAGUUACAAUUAUCUCAACAAAAUCACUUACUCUUGUAACAGAGGCUAUGAAGUUCAAUCUGGUAAUCUCGAACGUUCAUGUCAAGAUGACAAAACAUGGAGCGGAAGUCCGCCUGUUUGUGCACCAAUCGUUUGCAUAGUUCCCAAAACUGUUGAUUUUGCAACAGGACCUACAGACGGAAGCUACAAUUACCUCGAUAAGAUAACUUACACGUGUAACAUAGGACAUGCAGUUCAAUCUGGUAACCUAGAACGUUCAUGUCAAGAUGACAAAACAUGGACCGGGAGUCCGCCGGUUUGUGCCCCAAUCGUCUGUAUAGUUCCUGAAACUGUAGAUUUUGCAACAGGACCAGCUGACGGACGCUACAAUUACCUCGAUAAGAUAACUUACUCUUGUAACACAGGCUACGACGUGCAAUCUGGUAACCUAGAACGUAUAUGUCUUAAAGACAAAACAUGGAGCGGGAGUCCUCUAGUUUGUACCCAAAUUUUUUGUGUAGUUCCCAAAACAGUAGAGUUUACAACAGGGCCUUCCGCCGGAAGCUACACUUAUAUGGAAACGAUAACCUACUCUUGUAUUCCUGGAUAUGAAGUUCAGUCUGGUGACCUCGAACGUACAUGUCGAGAUGACGGAACAUGGUGUGGAAGUCCCCCAGUUUGUGUGCCAGUUAGUUGUACAGAUCCAGAAAAUGGUCAGUUUACUAAAGAAAAAACGCAUUCGAGCUACAUAUUCAGAGAUACCAUAACUUACACUUGUAUAACUGGAUAUGAAGUAAAAUCUGGUGAUCUCAAACGUUCAUGUCAAGCUGACGGAACAUGGAGUGGACAUCCUCCAGUUUGUAAAAUUAGUUUAAAAUACCUUUGUGCUAUAUUUUUUGAAUUCAUGGAAAAUGAAAAUAGUUCGGAGAAUGAAUCUGACAGUCGUAGUUCUAAAGGAAGCUAUGAGAAGAAGAAGACCAAAACGAAUAAAGGAAAAAAGAAGAAAUUAUCUAAAACACUCAAAGCCUUAUUAAAAAUAUGCAUACCUUCAUAAACACCAUCCCUUGUGCAUUUACAUAAACUGUGAAACUGAUAUUUACCUUAUUAGCUGAAUAUCAAAUGAAAAUUCUAGACAAUAAAGUGAUUAACAUUCUGAA